AUGGCGCUGGCGCUGGCCCUGCUUCUGCUCGGGCAGCUCCUGGCUGUGACCGAGACGCAGAAAGUGGGACCUCCGGGCCCCCCUGGCCCCCAAGGGCCUCCUGGCAAGCCGGGCAAGGAUGGCAUUGAUGGAGAAGCUGGGCCUCCGGGUCUGCCUGGACCCCCGGGACCAAAAGGGGCCCCAGGGACAGCAGGAAAGCCAGGAGAGGCCGGGCUGCCGGGGCUGCGGGGCGUGGACGGUCUGACUGGGCGGGAUGGACCACCUGGACCCAAAGGUCUCCCUGGAGAACGGGGAGGCCUGGGGCCUCCGGGGCCACCCGGGCUGGGGGGCAAAGGCCCCCCCGGACCACCUGGAGAGGCAGGUGUGAGCGGCCUCCCCGGUGGAAUCGGCCUCCGGGGCCCCCCGGGACCCUCUGGACUCCCAGGACCUCCAGGCCCCCCAGGACCUCCUGGACCUCCUGGACACCCAGGGGUCCUUCCUGAAGGUGCUACUGACCUACAGUGUCCUGCCAUCUGCCCACCAGGUCCACCUGGCCCGCCAGGAAUGCCAGGGUUCAAGGGUCCCACGGGCUACAAAGGGGAGCAAGGAGAAGUCGGCAAGGACGGGGAGAAGGGUAACCCUGGGCCCCCUGGGCCUGCUGGCAUCCCGGGCACCGUGGGGCUGCAGGGCCCCCGGGGACUGCGAGGUUUGCCAGGGCUGCUUGGACCUCCCGGGGACCGAGGUCCCAUUGGGUUCCGAGGGCCCCCCGGUAUCCCAGGAGCACCCGGGAAAGUGGGCGACAGAGGUGAAAGGGGCCCAGAGGGGUUCCGUGGACCCAAAGGCGACCUCGGCAGACCUGGCUUCAAAGGGAUCCCUGGUCUUGCGGGGCCUACUGGAGAGCCGGGCAUGCCAGGCAAGGACGGUCGGGACGGUGUGCCAGGACUCGAUGGGGAGAAGGGAGAGGCAGGCCGCAAUGGUGGCCCUGGAGAGAAGGGACCCAAUGGGCUGCCUGGGCUGCCUGGACGAGCAGGGUCCAAAGGCGAGAAGGGAGAAUUGGGCAGAGCUGGGGAGCUGGGCGAGGCUGGCCCCUCCGGAGAGCCAGGCGUCCCUGGAGAUGUGGGGGUACCGGGGGAGCGUGGUGAGGCCGGUCACAGGGGCUCCGCGGGGGCUCUUGGCCCACAAGGCCCCGCCGGUGCCCCAGGCGUUCGAGGCUUCCAGGGCCGGAAGGGCAGCAUCGGGGACCCCGGCCUACCGGGCCCUCAGGGCCUCCGAGGAGGUGUGGGUGAGCGGGGUCCGGGAGGAGCCGCAGGUCUGAAGGGAGACCAGGGCAUUGCUGGUGCUGACGGUCUUCCUGGGGAUAAAGGAGAGCUGGGUCCCAACGGGCCCGUCGGACCCAAAGGAGCGUCUGGCGACAGAGGCGAGCUGGGCCCCAAAGGCAUCCAGGGUCCCAAUGGCACCAGUGGCAUUCAGGGGGUCCCAGGGCCCCCUGGCCCUGUGGGCUUCCAGGGGGUCCAAGGCCUCCCUGGCAUCACGGGCAAACCUGGUGUUCCGGGCAAAGAAGCCAGCGAGCAGCACAUCCGGGAGCUGUGCGGGGGUGUGAUCAGCGAACACGUUGCACAGUUAGCCGCUCACCUGAGGAAGCCUUUGGCACCGGGCUCCAUCGGGCGGCCUGGGCCAGCCGGCCCCCCGGGCCCUCCAGGCCCCCCAGGCUCCAUCGGCCACCCUGGCACUCGAGGGCCCCCUGGAUAUCGCGGUCCCACUGGAGAACUGGGAGACCCUGGACCCCGAGGAAACCAAGGUGACAGAGGGGACAAGGGCGCUGCCGGCAUCGGCCUGGACGGACCUGACGGAGAUCAAGGGCUCCAAGGUCCACAGGGGGUGCCUGGCACCAGCAAAGAUGGACAGGACGGCGCGCACGGCGAACCCGGGCCUCCUGGUGACCCUGGCAUUCCUGGCACAAUCGGUGCCCAGGGUACCCCUGGCAUCUGUGAUACCUCAGCUUGCCAAGGAGCUGUGCUAGGAGGGGUUGGGGAGAAGUCGGGCCCCAGGAGCUCAUAA